AUGGACAACCGGAAAGGGACUCAUCAUCAUCGUGAACGUGAAGUAGAAGAAGGAUUCGAUGAUAUGCAAAUGUUCGUUGAAUUGGACAAUUAUGAUUUUAUGCGGUUAAAACUUCGAACCAAAGUGAUUAAAUUAAUCCAACGCAUGCAGAAGGAAAUAUUGGACGAUACAGUUAUUGAAGAAACAUUGGAAAAUGAAAGCGACGAACCGAACAAUAACGGUGAGGAUGACAUUUUGAAUGUUGAUGGUGAAGUAGUGCAUGAAGAAGCACUCGAAAACAAUGACCGAAAUAACGUAUAUCACGGAGUUGUGUUGGAAACUGUAAUCAACAUAAAUGUAAUUUUCCAGCGCACUCCCAACGGCAAAGCGGUUAUGGAAAUUUUAAAAGAGGGGCAAAACCCAAAUGACAUAUGUCUAACUGCCAUUAAGCGCAUCCUCUGCGAAUAUCUCAAAUCUAUGUAUGGAUUGCGCCCUUCCGCUUUUCACAAAAAUCUCCUGGCACAAAGUCUUGUGAACACGUACCCUCAACUGGCAUCAUCAACUCCAGACGUUCCACAGGCACUCUGGUUUCAUCCCAACGGACGGAGUAUUAUCACACAGGGUAAGGUGAUAUCUUCAGAGGGUAGUUCUACUGAAAAUACAGAUGCAGCGCAGCCAGUUGAUAUGAAUGCAGUGAUUAAAGAAUUGAAGUUCCUGUGUCCUGGACCGAACAUGAAACUUCAGGCAGAAGAGCUCUGGUCUAUUACAAUCGAUGAACGCAACGAAUUGCGUCGAAAGGGUUCAUUCGAUUGUUACCUGCUAGAUUACCCCGUAUCAACCGCGUUCAAUGGGUCUAUGGUGACGAAAUCGACAGGCUGGACGACACCUUGCGAUGGUGGAGUAGACAAUCAGAAGGAGGCAAAUACCGAUACAAUUGAUGCGAUAAUCGGCGCUAACGAGCCGCCAGGGACAAUUGUGCUGGAAUCGUCAGAAGUUUUACAGCCCAAUCCUCACCAGGAGUCGGUUAUUCUGGACACGAAAACCAGCGCUUCGCAGGCCCUUCUAUAUCUGCCAACAAGCUGUCUGAUCUGACGAUAGCGGAGACCAGUACGAACAUACAUACUAGCGCCAGUUAAUCAGCAUCGAUUGUCCCGGGUACCAGCGUCAUCCUCAUUAGACUCAAAACUCUUCCAAAC